UAUUCAUUUUAUUGAAAUGUGAUCUCUCUCUCUCCCGUCAUCUUCGUGUGUUUUUUUUUUUUUUUCCUGGCGACCUUCCCUCUCUGCUAAAACCUCAGAUCGGACCACUGAAAUUCGGAAAAACCCUAAGUUGGAAGAGGAUGAAAGUCGCCCGUUUCGCUAUUCAGUCCCUUAACGACGUAGCUUCCCUUCGACCAUGUCGUCCUUUCGUGUCUAGAAGCCUCUCGACCAAUGCUAACCAAGAUCCGAACCAUAAUCGAUCUUCUUUCGAGUCGUCGGACGAUUGGAUGUUUGGCGGAAAUAGUGGCAACGAUGAAAAAAGCAGUGGUUUCUACCAGCAUCUUAAUAAGGCGGAGAGAGAUAAGCGCGAUUAUACAGGGUUUAAUAGAUCAUACGGGUACGGGUCGAGAUCUUCCGGUGGGGGUUCCAUGAACAGGGACGAGAGCUUCGACCCUUCAUCUGAUGGCAUCGAUGGGAAAUUGAAAGAAGCUGCGUUGCUUUACAACAUUGACGAAGACGAAGGCGUGAAAGAUGGUUACCCGUUCCGGCCUGAUGUCAACAGUUGGGGCGUUAAUCACUUCCCUAGGGAUUUGAGUCUUAAAAGGCAGAUGCAAAAGCCUAGACAGAAUAACAAGCCUGAGAUAACCACCGAGGAAGUUCUGAAGAAAGCUGAUUUCAGGAAUGUUAGGUUCCUUGCACAGUUCAUCACUGAAGCUGGGAUCCUCAUUAAGAGGAAGCAGACUGGCAUCAGCGCCAAGGCACAAAGGAAGAUUGCUAGAGAGAUCAAAACGGCUCGUGCAUUUGGACUGAUGCCUUUCACAACAAUGGGUACAAAGGCAUUUACAUUUGGGAAAACCAUGGAGAACAGAGACCAAGAUUUCGAGUAUGAAGUGCUUGACGAUGACGACGAGUUUGACAACGCCACUGAGUGAACCCCCAAGGAUUGGAUCUAAAUCUUCGUCCUGACUAGUGCGUGUUAGUUUUCAUUUCUGGGGUUUUGGUCGAUAUUUGGAAUAAUCCGAUGUUACCAAGUUGAGAAUACAUGAAUUUAGAUAGCUGUGCUCUGCAGUUUUCACGCUGUUUUGUACUUUUGUUGUCAACAAAUUCCUCCUCCGAUACCAAAUGGAUUAGGAUUUGUAUUUUAUUGCUGUAAUUUGUUACUUUUGAAGAUCUGAGCCCGACUGAUUUUUUAUUUAUCAUCGUGUCUCAUUCCAA